AAAAUUGCAUACAAGGAUUUCUUAAGUUCAUCCUUCUUUAUUUUCUCAUUCAAGUUAUUAAUAUAAAUCGUAUUAUUCGGUCUAAUAUCCAUGGCCACUGGAAAGAAAAGAAAUUUAAUAUAACAAAUACUUUGAAUUAAUUAAUACUAAAAAUGUUCAAUAUUAACAAAUCAUUAGAUCAAGCGUAAUCAUACAAAAUGAACAUGAUACACUAUAAACAUAAAAAAUAAACCGAGCAAAUAAUAUUAAGAAAUAUGAGUACCAAACCAUAUAGAAACAGUAAAGGUGUAGAUAAACCAUUUCGUUCUCCAUUUAGUACUCCCAAAAACAAAAACACUGAAAUUAAUGUAAAUACUCCAAAAUCCAGCACCCCUGUAACAUCAAUGAAGGUUUCUGUGCCAAGAAAAUCACUUUUUCCAAUACCUCCUACUAAAAAAGUACGACUAAGUACAGUAGAAACUGCAGAUCAAUCAGAUGUUGAACAGAAUGAAAAAUUAUGUCAUGAUGACUUAGAAACAUUAAGAAAACGAAUAAGAGAAAAGCAAGUAGCCAUCAAUCAAUUAAAAACAACACUGCUAUAUAAAAGAAAGAACAAAACUGAAGAUUUAGAAAAUGCUAUAGAGAAAUGGACGAAAGUUUGUCAAACUGCUCUUGAAGAUUAUCAAAAUGACUGGAAAGAACAAAAUGGGGAAUCAGUGAGCAUAAUGAACAUUUUAUCUUCACUUGGAAUAGAUCCCAAAGUAAUUCGGUUUUCCCCUGAUGACGAUACAUUCUAUUGAGCAUGUCUAUUAAGUACUUAAUGGAAGAAAGAUACAAAUACUUAAUAACAUAAUCUUAAUUUACUCAUAAUAUUAAUACAUAGCAGAUACAUUUAUUAAGCAGAUAAUACCUAUAUUACAAAUAUUACAGAUGACAUCAUAUUAUAAAAGAAUGAAGCUCAUUACCAUAAUAUAUUUCAGAUUUAAUAGGGAUGUGCUUUAAGGGGACGAUUUGGGUUGAAUAGUUCUGGAUCAUCAAAGAAUUUUGGUUCCUUUGUCAUGUAUCCCAUUAAACCUGAAAUAUAAAAGAAUAUAUUCAUAAUAUGUACAAAAUUAUUACAAAUUAUACAUUAAAAUGAUAGAUGU